AUGCAUCUCGCUCUGUCUCUGCUCGCCCUCACGGCAACUUCAACACUGGCUGCGCCGGUGAAUUCCGUUUCUCAAAAGCAGGACUCUGCUGCUCCGAUCCGUACCUCCAAACUCCUGGCUCCCAUUUCCCACCCUGCCAAGGAGGAAUCUCACUUGAAGGCCCGUACCUUCGGUCUUCUGUCUGGUCUGCUCUCCCAUGGUGUGGGCGGAUCCGGAUCUGCUGAAUGCGAAGCCUGCGAGGGUGAGGCUGGCAGCUCCGCUGGUGGCAGCGGUAGUUGGGGUGGUCAUCUGGGUGGUGGACUUAGCGGCCAUCUCGGUGGUAGUCUCGGUGGUAGCCUGGGCCUCGGUGGCAGUGCUGGCUCCGGUGAAAAUUGUGAUGAAAAUGGUGAAGGAGGAGUGAGUGUUGGCGGCUCUGCCGAUGGAUCUGCUGGCAGCUCUAUUGGUGGCAGCAUUGGAGGAAGUACUGGUGGUUCCGCUUCUGGCUCCUGGGGAUGGCCAGUUCCGGGCUCGGUUGGAGGAUCUGUGGGUGGUUCGGCCAGUGGUGACGCUGGUGCCUCCAGCUCCGGCUCCGGCUCGACUGAAGGCUCCGGCUCUAUUGGUGGCUCUGCUAGCGGCUCGGCUGGCAGCGACACGGGUGCCUCUGGUACUGCUUCCGCCUCUGGCUCGACCGAAGGCUCUGGCUCUAUUGGCGGCUCUGCCAGCGGCUCGGCCGGCGGUGACACGAGUGCCUCUGGUACUGGUUCCGCCUCCGGCUCGACCGAAGGCUCCGGCUCUAGCUCUGGCGGUAUCAGCAUCGGCGGCAGCGCUACUGGCAGCAGCGGCGCCUCUGCCACUGCCUCCGCCACUGCCUCCGCCAGCGCCGGUGCGAGCGCCUCAGCCGGUGCCUCUGCGACUGGAUCGGGCCCUGACAAUGGUGAGGAUUGCGACGAGACCGGCGCCGAUGCGACUACUGGUGACAACGGCGACGACUACGGCCAGGACGCUGGUGAGGGUGGCGACUCGUCCGCGGGCGGCGAUGACUCCGAGGGCUGCGACUGUGAUGAGUGA